CGGAGGUUCGAGCUGCUUCGGGUUUAUUUUGUCAGGUUAUCGCAGAAGCACGUGGUAACUGGUGGUAUGUUAAGACCAUGGACUUAUGUUGAGACGUGUUUAAAGCAUUAUAGACUUAUUUUCAAAGUAGCUGCUCAUGGUUAGUUACGUGCUUUUCUAAUCCAAGUGCUCAAUUCUGUUACAAAAAUGGUGAAGAAAAGUCUCAAACGAAUACGUAAGGAAAGCGAAGCAACUAAAGAAGUUCAAGUUGAAGAGGUGUUACCACCGGCCAAACGAAGCUCCGAUGAACCCGCACCCAAAAAGACAAAAUGGAUAAACAAACAAAGAGUCCUAGUAUUCGCCUCACGAGGAAUCAAUCAUAGGGACCGGCAUCUGAUGGAAGAUAUCAAGCACCUUAUGCCUCAUCAUCGUCCCGAAAGUAAAAUGGAAAGAUCUAAGAAUUUACAAGUUGUAAAUGAAAUGUGUGAAAUGAAAAAUUGCAACAAAGCUAUUCUUUUCGAGGGUCGCAAGAAAAGGGAUCUUUAUAUGUGGUUAUCCAAUGUGCCAACUGGUCCUUGUGCAAAAUUUCUUGUUGAGAAUAUUUAUACAAUGGCAGAACUAAAAAUGACUGGUAACUGUUUGAAAGGGUCACGCCCGUUGCUUUCCUUUGAUGAAAAUUUCAAUGGAAAACCACAGUAUAGCCUUCUGAAAGAGUUGCUUACUCAAAUAUUUGGAGUACCUAAUCAACAUCCGAAGAGUCAACCAUUCUUUGACCAUGUGUACACAUUUAGUAUUCUGGACAAUCGAAUAUGGUUCAGAAACUUCCAGAUUCUGACCGAGGAUGGGGCACUGGCUGAAAUUGGCCCUAGAUUUGUUCUUAAUCCAGUCAAGAUCUUUUCCAGUAGUUUUGGAGGGGCAACACUGUGGAAUAAUCCACAUUAUAUUUCCCCAGCUAAGUAUCGACAAUCACUCACCAAAAAGGCAGCAGGAAAAUAUUUGAAUAGAAUUGAACAAAAAUUAGUUGCAGAAGCAAACAAGCCUGAGGAAUCUUAUGCUCUGAAUCCAUUAGAUGAGAUGUUCAAAGGUGAUCCACUUACAACUGCUGCCAAAUUUGAGGAACUAGAAAAGCAAGAAGCAGAAAUAAAAAGUAAAACAGAGAAUGUAACGAUUAAACAGAAAUUUGUAAAAAAGAAUCCAAAAAAACAUCUAGUGGGUAAACAGAACAAGAAAAAAAAAAAUCAAUUGUAGCAAAAAAAGUCAAGAAUUGAAUGAAUUUAUUUGAUAUCUUCGACACUCCAUAUUGCAAUAAAAUACAUUAAUACAAAA